UUAGGUAGACCUAGAAGAAAACCCCAAGGAUGGGGCACAUAGGUGCUGUAGCCAUUCUCUUCUCUCCAUUUCUUGAAUGGGAAAUUUCUUUUCCUCUUUUUUCUUGAAUUUCUAGCUCCUUUAUCAUAAUAUCACCAAUUACUCCCAACCGUGCCUAAGUCUUGGAUCAGUCCCUUUACUCGCCAUUUUUACACCUACACAUGUAGUGCUGAGCAAAGGUGGAGAAAACCAUGCAGCCAUUCUUACAGAUCCCUUACAAAUUGAUGCUAUAUAUCCUCAACUGUUCCCUCACUGAUACUAUGCAAUCAGACUAUACAUCUUCCAUCAAGUAACAAGCUCAUUCUCCAUAGGGACUCUUUCAAAUCUUUUCAUCCUUUCUUAAACCUCCUAUGAUCCUCCCUCCCCCUUCAUUCUUAGCUGAAAAUGAGGUCAUUCACUGUGAACUCUCUCUCUUUCUCUCUUUCUAAUCUCCUAUCACUCAUAUGCUUUUUUGCCACUAUCUCCUCAUCACCCCUAUCUCACACGAUGAAGAAGCUUUAUCCUUCUACUUAUUCAAGUGAUUUCUAUGGCCUCUCCCAGCUCAUCUGACUCUUGGGGAUAUUUUUAGUGCUAUUUCUUCAUUUCCAUUCUGUAGCUGUUUUGUUAGAGUGAACAAAAUUGAAGACACAUAAAGCUGAAGUCCAGAUAGGAAGUUGACACCUCUUGAAGCCUUGCAUAAGUGGGGAAAUCCUAUUGUCACAUUACCCAAGAGAAAAAUAAUAUUCUAUAAUAAGUGGGACCAGCAUGCACUUAUAGAAUGACUGCGGAGGGCUCAAGCUUUCAAAAUCAUCUUUCCUGGGAUAUCAUCACAAGAAAAGAUUCUUCUGAGAUAGAGAAAAGAAAUGGAUCCCCUCAAAGAUUCUGCAGUAGAAAACACAGAGAGAAUAGGAUUCCAUUCUCCCCUAUGUUAUUGCAUUAUCGCUGGAGUUUCUAUAUUAUUCCUCAGCUCCUGUUUCAUCACCAAAUGUGUUGUGUCUUAUCGCUUAUUCUCUCGGGAGUGUGAAGAAGACCAGGACCAGUUUUAUUUCGAUGAAUCCACUUGCUCUAUUGACCCUUCAGGAACUAUCAAUAUUUGCUGCCCAUUAAACUGGAAAAAAUUUCAAACAAGCUGUUACUUCUUCUCUAAUGACACCAUGACUUGGACUGCAAGCUUGAAGAAUUGUGAAGAAAUGAGAGCCAAGCUUGCAGUUAUAAACACACGAGAGGAGCAGACUUUUCUUUUCCGAGCAAAACCCAGAGAGAGAGAGUUCUACAUUGGGCUGACAGACCAAGUGGUUGAUGGCCAGUGGAAGUGGGUGGAUGGUACACCAUUCAACAAAUCUUUGAGGAGAGAAAGAAUGGUGGUGGAAAGACAGAGAGACAGAGGAGAAGGAGAAAGAGGAGGAGGAAGAAGAAGAAAGAGGAGGAGGAGGAGAAAGAGAAGGAGGAAGAAGAAGAGCAGGAAGAAGAACAAGAAGAUAUUGUUGAAUUAAAGAAUGAACAGAGCUUAUAAAGUGGAAGAGAGACCAAAAAGUCAGAAAUGUUUAAAAUUCUGAACGCAGGGUCAGCAAUAAACAAGGAAAAAUAAGAUAUUUGAUAGACAGGAUAGAUUUCCACUGGAAUCUGGAUGUAGAAAAAAACUGGGAAAUCUCUCUGUGACUUAAUCUUUUAUAUAUCUUCAGAAGUCAUAGUUUACAAAUGACUCUCAUAUACAUACACAUAGAUUAUGUCAACUGAUCAUCUUAAAUAAACACAAUAAUUAGCAGAGUAAGGAUUAUUAUACCUAUUUUAUGGCAGGUGAGGAACUAGAAACUCAAAGAAAUUAAUGACAUAUUUCAGAUUAUAUAUCUGAUGAUAAAAAUAGGAUUAGAAGAUUCUAGAUCCUCUGAUACCCCAUUCAAGACUUUUCCCAUUAUAUCACUCUGCUGUUCCUAGGGGAUGUCAUCAAUUAAUAUACAAUGUUUGGCCAAUGAAAUGACCUAUAGUUAAAAAAAUUGAAGAUGGAGAGAAUAGUAUCAAAGAAAUAAAAUCAAAACAACCUUCCUUUACCUACUCAUGCACCUCAGGAAUUAACAUCUUUCAU